ACACGUGUUACUCUACUGUUCGUCUUUCCAUAUACACAAAGCCCCCACUUAUUUCCAGUUUCCUUCCUCUCAUUUCUUUCAAAAAAGCACGAUUCCCACCAAGUUUUCUCUCCGCCCCAUUCCUCCUUUUCCCUCUCCGCUUGUCGUCUUCAUCAAACUUGACCUUAACCUCUAUCCGCCAUGUCGUCGCCGUUGCUUAACAGCGAUACAGCCUCAUCACACUUUUCCUCCGAGAUUAGCGGGGAUAAUGAUGUUAACAAAUCCCGUGACAGUCCUCGAUGCACGCGGCAAUGCGUAGGAUCUGAAUCAUCUGAUCCUCCUUCCUGUUCCUCUUCUUAUUAUUCUUCUUUUUUAGGUCCUCACUUAAUUCAAUUAAACGACUCAGAAAAGUUACAGAGAGUCAUCACAGCUUCAAUUAAAGGAUUCUCAAUUGGUGCUGGUCUUAAAGGAGGUCUCUCUCUGUUUUCAAUUCUGGCUAGGCUGCGUCGCACAAGGUCGUCCUCUCACUCAAGGAAGGUCGAGGUGUUUUCUAAUAAAGAAGCUAUUGCUUUAGCUCUUAAAGAAACCCUAAGAUACGGUCUGUUCCUUGGGACAUUCGCUGGUACUUUUGUUUCUUUUGAUGAAAUCAUUGCUUCUUUUUUUGGCCACCGGAGGACUGCGAAAUGGAGAGCUUUUUUAGCAGGAUUGAUAGCUGGGCCAUCUAUGCUACUUACAGGACCAAACACGCAGCAUACAAGUUUGGCUAUAUAUAUACUUAUGCGUGCUGCUGUAUUGGCUUCACGUUGUGGUAUUAAAAGUAAACGGUUUGGGAAAUACUGUAAACCUCUUACUUGGAAGCAUGGUGACAUUUUCCUCAUGUGUCUUUCUUCUUCUCAAAUUUUGUCAGCUUACAUAUUGAAGCAAGACAGUUUGCCUCCAUCAUAUAAAUCCUUUCUUAAUAAACAUGGUGGAAAGGAUCUUGUUAUCUUGCAAGGAGUGAAGGAGGUUGCAAGCGGCUUGCCUUUUACAAAUUUGGACAUGAUAGAAAAAUAUUACAACUCCUCAGGCAUUAAUAUUAAACUAAAUCCGGAAAUGAAAAUCCCUUGCUCGAUCAUACAUGGAAACCAAUCUUGCAGUGCCCAUGUUCUGUCAUUUUUUGUUCAAGCAUAUAAAAGAGCACUACCAGUUUAUCUCCCUGUAUAUUUAAUUCCUGCAUUAAUAGUUCAUCGUCAGGGCCUCUCGAAAAGGCCCUACAGUAUACUGGGGAAGGGCCUUCUUGGCACCGCAAGAUCAAGCUUGUUUCUGUCUGCAUAUUGCGCAUCCGCCUGGAUGUGGACAUGCGUACUUUUUAGAAUUUUCAGGAGAUGCAACAUUCCAAUGGUGGCUAUGGGGACGUUUCCUACUGGCCUAGCCCUAGCAAUCGAGAAGAAAAGCAGGCGGAUUGAGAUAUCACUCUACUGUCUUGCACGGGCAAUUGAGAGCUUCUUUUCAUGUAUGGCUGACGCUGGAUAUUUACCGCAAUCCAAGAAUUUUAAGAGAGCAGAUGUGGCGGUUUUUAGCAUCUCAACAGCAAUAAUCAUGCAUUGUUAUGCAAUGGAGAGGGAAGUUUUUCGGUCCAAAUACCUGAAUGUUCUUGAUUGGGUGUUUGGCGUACCUCCUCCCCCAGACGAAACGCCACGAGCAAAGAGAGUUGACAGCAAGUCUUUGGAUUCAUCUCAAACAUCAAAUUUUUUUAAUUCACCUUUUCCCAAAGAAUUAUAACUAUUCUCUCAUACCCUAUGAUUUUGUGUAGAAGUACCAUUUUGAAUAACAGACUGAUGGAAAAUUUGGAGAUGCUUGAUAGAAAGGAAUAACCAUUUUUUUAUAUAUAAAAAGAAUAAUAUACGGGAUUGAAUUCAAAA